AUCGUUCAUUCGGAGCCCGUGAAACGUGUAGCUCUACUUAAUUUUCAUGAUAACACGUGGUACACGUUAUUGAUUACGGCAAAUUCUCAAUGUAACGCGUAUGAAACCGUGGGAGUAGUGACAUGUGUUCACUCAACCUCUACGAUACGUUAAGUGUCAACAUUUUUGAGUGCAAUUUAAUUAAUUGUAAUACGCGUUUCACGUUUGUGAUGAUAUUGCUUUUCACGCGAAUUUCAUGCUCGAUCAGUGAGUUAACCCAAAACAAAUAGUGCAAGUGCCUCUUUCUGUUGCAGAUGAGUUAAGAAGCUGAGCUUCUACACCCGUAAAUGCUUUGAAGCAUGGAAGAUAGUGGAAUUGACAGUGAUCCUAAAGCCGUUAACCAUGUGGAGGACGAAAGACUCUUCUUGGGUAGUGAUAGCAGUUGCAGCAGUAACCAUACGCAGGCACCUCAACGGAGCACGACCAAGCAAUUGCAAAAGAAACUUGAAACGCGUAUUGAACAGGCAAAGCGUAUCCAGCGCAACUCAGAUUACAUAAAGCUUCCAAAGUAUGACAAUGAGAAUACGAGCGGUGCCAGUUCUACCGGAUUGAUAUCAAUCCAGCGAUUGCCAAUACCACAUAAGAAUAAGGAACACCUCCCUCUAGUCGAAUACUGGCACAGUGAUAGCGAAAGCGAGGACGAAAUGACUCUCUUUCCGGCGAAAUCGAAGGACAAUUCCAAGCACAAGCAAGAUCUCACGGACACGUUCAGCAUCGGGGAGCUGAGUGACGAAAGCGAGGACUCUUUGAACCUGGAUCCAGCGCAGCCUCCACAUCCGUUUAUGCGAACCUACGUACCAAAUGGAUGUUUCGCUUGCCAUUGCCAUAUACUGUAAUGUAACAUAGUCUACCUACCUGAGAGAACUGAUUAUGCAUUUAAAUAAUUAUUAUUAUUUAAGUAUCAAUGUCAGUAUCAUUGAAAACAGAGUAUUGUAGCUUUAAGUAAGUUUGAGUAUUUAAGUUAUAUUACAGUACAAGUUUACCUUCAGUUAUGAGAUUAAUUGCGUCACAUCGAAUCGUACAUUGUUUACAGAACGUGCUGAAAUUAUUAAAGUUAUUUUAUUAAAUUGCU